AUGACGAAUAACUUUGAGAAGUCGGUCAAAGGGGCCACGAAGAUUAAACUUGCUCCCCCGAAAUCAAAAUACAUCGAACAUAUCUUACUAGCGACGCGCAGCGGAGAAGCCGGCGUUGGAGAAAUAUUCCGGACCUUACAAUUUCGAUUGCGCGAUUCAACAUGGACCAUCGUUUUCAAAGGACUUAUAGUUCUUCAUUUGAUGAUGCGGGAAGGAGCGGAAAAUGCGACGCUUGAAUAUUUGGCUGAAAAUCCCCGAAAGGUCGCCAUCAGCAGCUUUUCAGAAGUUCAAGCGCAAGGGCAUAAUAUCCGGCGGUAUUUCGACUAUCUUAUCACCCGCGCCAAGGCGUACGCCGAUACCAAAGUUGAUCAUGUACGAAGCGGCCAGGGCCGGUUAAAGCGGUUGACCGUCAGCAAGGGUCUGCUGAGAGAAACAGAAGUCGUGCAGAGACAGAUUAAGGCGUUGCUCAAGUGUGAUCUUCUGACGGAUGAAGUCGAGAAUGAAAUCACGUUAACGGCAUUUCGGCUAUUGACUAUGGACUUGUUAGCUCUCUACUCUGUCAUGAAUGAAGGGACGAUCAAUGUUUUAGAACACUAUUUUGAAAUGUCCCGUCCUGAUAGUGAGCGUGCCUUGGAGAUAUACAAGACUUUCAGCGCCCAGACAGAAGAAGUAGUGAAAUUCCUUGGUGUCGCUCGACACUUUGAAUAUGCUACGCGACUUGAGAUUCCAAACCUGAAACACGCUUCAACAGAUCUUACGCAAUUGCUCGAGGACGACUUGAAAGAUCCAGAUUUUGAGCAGCGGCGAAGAGAGUAUCAACUGCAAAGGGGCGCAAAGACAGCGGGUCGAGCAGGUCCCGGCUCAGCUGGCGGCAGGUCGCCAAUCUUGACCAAGAAGGAGCCAAUUUCCAGCUCCUCCAACAGACCUCAAACGGCUCCAGCACCCAAGACUGAAACCAAAGCUCCGGCACCAGAUCUUAUCGACUUUUUUGAAAGCAUCGAACCGAAACAGCAGCAGACCACGAUCCCGCCUGCGCCUCAACAACCCCAGCUAAAUUUCCAACAAGCUGGUUUUGGUCAACAAAUGUUCCAGGCGCAGCCAACUGGCUUUCCCAAUCAACAAGGUGUCUUUACUCAACCGGCCCAACCAGGUUUUAUUCAGCAACAGACUGGGUUUGCGGGUGAUUUCAACCAGCCAAAUACAAACCCGUUCAACCACAUGCAAGCUCAAUCUAUACAGCCGCAACCACAAUUGCAGCCACAACCCACAGGAGCCGGAUUCGGUGGAUAUGGUCCUCAAUCUUAUACCUUUCAGAAUACACUGUCCGCCAUUCCACAGGAAGGAGUUGCCACAUUUCCUCAACAACAGGUGGCAAAUGGAUUACAACCACAGACGACCAACCCAUUCCGAGCAUCUAUGCUUGUUACGAAUCAAACUGCUUUCAACCAACCCGGACAAAUUACUCAACCAUUGACUCGACAAAACACCAACCCCUUUGCUAAACGGUUAUCCGCCAUUCCACCGUCAAACCCUCCCCCCAUGCCCUCAUUCCAACAAACCCAAUCUCCUGUACAAUCCCUACAAGCGCAGCGCACAGGAACCAAUCCAUUCGCAAAGCAAUCGCCAUCCCCUCAACCAAGCCUCCAGCAACAGACCCUUCAACCUCUCCACCCAAAUCCCACAGGAAGUACAAAUCCCUUCCGUCAAAGCGCGUUUAUCAAUCAGCAGACUGGUCAGGGAUGGCAAGUCGCCGGGCAACAAGGAACAAUGGGUGGUCUUGAACAGUUGGGGACCGUACCGGUAUUUCCUCGACCGGGAAUGGCAUAGUAUAUCUUAUUAUCGGAAAGGAAUAGUACAUAGUGGCACCAAUUUUUUCCCUUUUUUUUCUCUCUCUCUCCAUGGGAUGGAUAGUGAGGGCUAAUCUUGUUCAAUGUCUCCUUGCUCUCUUUUAGCGCAUGCAUUUAUUUCUCCUUCGCUUAUUUCUUUCUCUUCUGUUUAAUUUCUGAUGUAUACACUUCAUUUGCUCAUUGAGAGCUUCUUUAGAACAUACAUAAUUGCCACUGUUGACAUUCAUACCUUAGCGACCUUCCGAUGGAAAUCAAAUUUAA